AGUACUCAGCUAAUAAUAAAGACGUGCCGAUACUGUGCCGCCAUACAAUUAGAAGUUUUGAAAUUGUUUACACGAAAUGUGAUUUUCAUUUCAAUGAAAAAUAAAUGCUUCAUGUAUAAGAAAAUAAUUAGUAAUGAAUAAUGACGAUUCCCACGUGACAGGUAUUUUACGGACUGUGUUUGGUUACAAAAAUUUUAAGAAUGAUAUUCAAAAAGAAGCUACUAUUGCUAUUAGCAAAGGUUCAAAAUAUGUAUGCAUAUCCAUGCCUCCAGGCUUUGGUAGAUCACUUUGCUUUGAACUUCCAGCCAUUUUACAAGAAGGCCAAGUAGCUAUUGUUCUUUCUCCAAGAUUAUGUUCCAUGAAGAAACGUGUUGAUUUUUUAAGGAAUAAACAGAUUAAUGCACAUCUAUUAAGUUCUUUUACAAAGUUUAAGGACCGAAAUAAAAUCUUAACAGAUUUAACUUCGAAUUGCUUAACAAUACCAUUGUUAUAUGCUACUACUCAAGUAGCUAUUAUGUCAUAUUUUCAGAAGCUGGUACUCUCAUUAAUUGAGCGUAAUUUGUUGUCUUAUAUCGUGUUUAAUGAAGCGCAUUGUCUAAGUGAAUGGGGAUAUGAAUAUACACCUUUUUAUAAAGAUAUUAAUUCAUACAUUGAUAUAUGUGGAAAUGUUCCUAUAGUUGCAGUAACUACAACUGUUACUGAUAAGGUAAUUGAAGAUAUUUGUGAGUUGUUAACAAUGGAAAGCCCAAAAAUAUUUAAAAUGCCAGUGCAGCAAAUCAAUGUAUUUUAUGAUGUGUGGUUUUUAGAUAUUCUUUCCCAGCCAUUUGAGCAUCUUACAAACUUUAUUACAGAAGUGCUUGGUUUCUUAAAUCCAUCUAUUUCUAAGAUACAUAGGAAACUUGGUAUUGUUUAUUGUAAAGAAAAAGUCAUAGCAGAACUGAUAGAGACUAAAUUAAUUGCUUCUGGUGUACCCACACUUGUUUGUCAUCACAAACUAAAUAAAAAGAAGAGAAGUGAUAUAGAACAUAAAUGGAUAUCAGGAAAAGCUAAUCUCAUCAUUACAACAUAUGAUUAUGGAUUUAUUCAUAGAAAACCAAUUAAGUGCAUAGUUUAUUGGACUGUACCUGAAAAUAUUCCCAAAUACUAUAGAGAAUCUGCACAGUGUCACAUAGAUGAUGGCAGUGCAUACUGUAGAAUAUAUUUUAGCACAAAGGAAUAUUCCUCUGUAAAGAUGCUAAUUGAGCGUCGUACAACCAUGUAUGACCUAAAAGAUAUUAAGAUACAAUUGAAUGAAUACAACAAACUUGUAUCAUAUUGCCUUUUAAAACAAUGCCGUCACUCGAUCAUUAGUGAAUAUUUCGGACAUGUAAGACAGCCUUGCAGAAGAAACUGUGAUUUUUGUGAAAAUAGUGAUACAGUAGAGCAUAGAACUGAUUUGUUUAUUAGCUACUCAGAGAACAUACACAAAAUCAAAUACAGUAUCUGUGAUAUUAAUGCGGAUAUGAAGAAGAAACAGUCUACAAUUAUUCAAGACAAACCAAAGGAAUAUACAGAAAAUGCAUUAAAAAAAUGCAACUCCAUUUUCAAAAGUAUAUGUAUAGACAAAAAUAACAGAAGUGUGAUUGCACAAUACAGAGAUCAAAAAGGUAGUUUAUCCGACACAGAGUUGUACACAGAGGACAAUAUUCAAACAAAGAAGGAGAGUACGAUGAAACGCGCAGAAGAUAAUUCAAACGCGACACAAAUAGCGCAUGCUUUGUUGGUUAAAUACAAUCUAAACAAAGAAAUAUCUUUGAAGCCAUGUAGUUCUAACAGAGACGCCAGAAUAAAUAAUAUUCUAGUUCCCAGCAAGAAAAGUAAAUCGCAAUGCGAUUCGCGAAUCAAAGAAAAAAAUAGCGCUACUCGGAUACGAACAGUGGAAAAAGAAGGUCAAAUUGCAAAUCCGAGUCCUCGCACAGUGAUCUUUACAGGAGCAAAGGAACCACGUAUCAAACGAGACCACCGCUGCGUCACCGUAGACACAAAUUCUACAGAGUUCAGGUUAAAAAGAAGGAAAAUUGAAACUGAGAAUAAAGUAACCUCUGCGGUACAAGUCAAGAAGGAAAAGAAAGGAACUUCUGCACGGAAUAAACGCAAUAAGGAUGAUGAAAGUAAGAAAAUGUCGCGCGACGAUGCAACGGUGGAAUAUUUAUUCAAUAAAUUUAAAUUAGACAGAGAUUCGAUAUCGCUAAUACCGUUCAAAAAAUGAUGUUAGAGUUGCUUAAUGUUUCAAUUGCAAUAAUAAGUUAAAGGAACGUAAAAAUGUUAUAAUCUCUGAUAUGGGAAAUAAAAUGAUCUGCGGUUGACUUAACACUGCUGCUAACUAGCGUCUUUAGUCUCGGUCGCCGUCGCCAGUGUUCGCCAAUGUUCGCCAAUGUUCGUUGCUGUUUGCCGUAGUUCCCAUUCUCGGCCACUCUUGACGUCGGGAUAUUGAAUAAAUGAAGCAGUUUAUUAACGUAAAUUUUAUUGUUUAAAUUAGACGUGACAGUAUUAUGUCGUAUCUACAGGAAAAGUACAAAGUUAUAAGUUAUGCUAUAUGUAUAUCAUACCAUAUAUAUAUAUAUUAUAUCACAUAUACAUAUAUACACGUAUAUAUCAUAUCAUAUAUAUAUAUAUACGUAUAUAACACGAUAAUCGUACGACAUAGCGAAGAGGUUUCUUACUUCAGCAUUUGUUUUUACGAGUUCGAUGGGAUAAAAAUCCGGGGAUGGGGACAAUGUUUAAACAGGGAUUAGUCUUUUGAAA